AUUUUGUACCAUCAAGAGCUUACCACCACAAAGAUGGAUCAAUAUAAAGGCUCAGAUGUAGACAAAUAUAGAAGCUUCAUGAGUGGAGAAGGUGAGAAAAACACCACAUGGAAGUAUGGUGCACCACCAAACUUUGAUGUGGUCAACAAACUUUUUGAAGAAGGAAGAACCAAGAUAUGGCCAACAGGGUCAUUGGAAGAGCAAGUUCAGAAUCUUGUGAAAACAUGGGAAAUGGAGAUGUUUCAUAAAGUGAAUCCCCAAGAUAUUAAAGCUGUUGAUGUCACAAAGUUGACAUAUUCCGUUAAUGGCGGGAAACCUUUGACAAGUAAAGAUGUAGUUGAGAUUGGUGGUGGCUAUAAUAUGUUUCUUCAAACAUCAAUUCCGGAACACUUGCAAUUGUAUAAUCCUAACGAAGAAACUGCAGAUUCGGCUAAAGAAAUCUUCACAACCACAUUUCCUCGCGGUUUUGCUUUGGAGGUUCUUGAGGUUUAUUCGGGUCCUCCAGUAAUCGCGUAUAAGUUUAGGCAUUGGGCAUAUAUGGAGGGUCCAUUCAAAGGUUAUCAACCUACAAAUGAAAUAGUAGAAAUGUUUGGUGUCUCUAUUGUCAAGUUGGAUGAACAAUUCAAGAUUGUAAAGAUCGAGUUCUUCUACGAUAAAGGAGAGCUACUUGCGGGUUUGAUCAAAGGCGGGAGAGUAGCGGCCACUGGAGAUUCUGCUAUCAAUGAUCUACCGUCUUCAAAAUGCCCUUUUUCUUAAGGAUGCAACUUGGUUUCAUUGCUUCAUAUGCUACAUGUUUUUAUAAGGUUGGAAUACAAAAGUGAUGUGAUCUAGUUUUUAUUUUUUAUAUAUUACUAUUACUAUAUAAUAAUAACAAUGAACGUUGCUCAUGUUUGAAGCAUUUCGAAGUACAUGAAAUUUUAAUUUGGAUA